GCCCGGCAGCGCUUCGAGAACUCGACUUGUUUCCUUCGCGACGAAGGCUGCAAGACUGUUUUCAUAACCUCAAUCAUCUCCCUCCGGCCUCCACUCGCGGUCAAUCCACCAAUUCAGCCGGAUCGAAUCGAAUCGGCUUCACCAUCCAUGACCAUGGAGGCCGAACGCGAGGGCGAAGAGCAGCGGCGCCCUCUCAUCUCAUCCGCCUCCGCGCCAGCAGCGGAGCACCAGCAGCAGUACCAGCACCUGGGGCGGAGCAGCUCGUCGGCGCUACGCGGAGGCGGGGGAGGGUGGGGCGGCGGGGGGCCGGAGGUCAGCGCUGCCGAGGUCAAGUCUGCCGCCUCCUUCUCCUCCAACCACUACCCCCCGGCCCCGGAUCCCAACAACCAGGAUGUCUACCCCCCGUCCAUCCAUAGCGCCGUCCUCUACCAAUCCCCGUCGCCUGCUCCCACUCCCCCGCAUCCCCAUGGUUUGGCGAUCGUUCCUGGAGGCCCGUACCCGUAUGGUGGUGAUUACCAGCCUUCUCAGGGCGUCACGAGGGAUGUACUAGAUGAGGUGGAGAUCCGGAAUCUACUUAUUGAACAUGUUGGGCAUCGGUGCUGUUGGGCAAGUCGGCCUGCUCGCACAUGGAAAAUUACAUCUAUUGAGGACUGCAAUGUAUAUGUUGGAACUUUGGAAACCUUUAUCGAGGAAAGGGAUAUCAUAACUAAAAAGGAACCUUAUGAUGGUGGGAAAAUAGAUGGAAGACACAAGGGUCCUGUUCUUGGUGUAUGGGAACUAGAUUUGAGGUCUGAGUUUCCUCUGCUCUUUGUACCAGAGAAGGAAGUAAUGGUCAAGAUUCCUCAUUCAGAAGUUACUGAAAAAUGCUUAGAUUGUGAGAGCCGUGGAGAGAUACCAUGUCCUACUUGCAACGCUGGUCAGCAGCCUGGAUUUUACAAGGCAAAUCAAAUGACCAGAUGCAGUGCAUGUCAUGGCAGGGGUUUACUCGCUCGCCAAGAUGGAUCUGAUACAGUAUGUGGAAUGUGCAAUGGUCAAGGAAUGUUGCCCUGUAUAGCAUGUGGAUCGCGUGGCCUAGUAACAUGCAAGACGUGUAAUGGCUGUGGUUCCCUUGUUGCACAAAGCACUGCCCAUGUUCGAUGGAAGACGCUAUCAGCGAGAAAAGUUAGUGCAACAACAGGAGCUGCUUCUGUUCCUGAAGAAGUUUUUCACAGAGCCAAAGGGGUGCAACUAUGCAACAUUCAGGCAUACCAGUGCACUCCUGCUUUCUUUGCUGAUUCAUACCCACUGAACCAGUUCUCCUCAGAGGUUGUUGCUAGCCGGCUGCCAGUUCCACCAUCUGCAAGGGUCAUUUCCGAGAGACACAUAAUUUCAGUCGUGCCUGUAACUCGUGUCACAAUGGCUCAUCGCAAGCGAUCUUUUAGUUUCUAUGUUGUUGGCUACAGCAGGGAUGUCUUCGUAAGGGACUAUCCUUCGAAGUUCUGCUGGGGACUGUGCUGUUGCUUUGAAUGGUUGGGGAACUAGUUGUAUUUGUGGGCUUGUGGCGAUGUGUGCCGCCUUCUUUUGGGGUGCAAUAUUUACACUAGAGAAACUGGUAUGUAAGUGUGAAGAGGGAUGUGAUUUCUGGUGUGUUACAGUACAGAAGCUGUACAGCACGACUAUACCGAUUGUGCAGUGUGAAUAAAAUCAUUCAUAUUUGGUCAUAAGGAAGAAAAAAAAUGUACGGACAUGAACUUAUGUGGUUAGCAUGUAAAUGUAUUGAUUCUCAACAGAAAUAAGUGGCAUCUGUUUAAUUCCCAAAUAAAUACGGAGUAUAAGGUAAAUGUAUCAA